AUGGCACUAAGAAAGCAAUUUCUUUCCAUCUUUAAUCUUGGCAUUUUAAAGAUAAUUGCCAGAAUAUUUCCUUAUGAUAAAACAUAUGGUGUUCAAAAUAACCUGGCUCCAAACACACUUGGGGUCACAAGUACCACAACCACAGCUUCCACAGCAUAUGGAACAAAGAAAAAUGCAGUGCAAAGCUCUGGUGUGACUAGUACAGGUGUGUCCACAUCAUCUACAACUGUUGCCGCGUCCACAAACUCUCAGAGUGAUGACAUCCUACGCAAAGAUUGCAAAUUUGUGCUCAUAGAAAAAGAUAAUGUAACUCCCAAGAAAGAAAUGGAACUAUUGAUCAUGUCCAAGGACAGUGGAAAAGUUUUUAGUGCAUCAGGCACUGGGCUCAGUGGAGGUUAUUAUGCAGAAGACACCUUACAAAAAGGCGAAAAGGCUAGCUCUUAUUAUGCUGGAGAUUCCUAUCUGAAAUCAGAAACAAAUGGUGGCCUUAAAUCUGUUUCCGCAAAAGACAAAACCGCUGUUGCAGGAGGCAGAGGUGAUAAUGGGUGUGGAGGGGCCGGGGGUUGUCCAGCCUGGUGCCCCUGUAGUUCAUGUUGCAACUGGUGGAUGUGGCUCCUGGGUUUGCUACUGGCCUGGCUGCUCCUUCUUGGUCUUCUUUUUGGACUUAUUGCUUUGGCGGAGGAAGUACGGAAGUUGAAAUCGCGAGUGGAGAGCCUUGAAUCACCGAUUGAGUCCCGACAAGGAAUUGGCACUUACUCAGAAAAGUUAGUCAGCCAGGGAGGCACACUCAGCAAUAUGAAUGAACAUGAACUACGGAAUUAUCUGAAAUCGUUAAUAAGUGUGGAGAUGAAACAAGGGGAUAUUGGGAUCCAAGGACCAAAAGGAGACCCAGGCAUACCAGGCUUAAUAGGUCACCCUGGGCCAGAAGGACCAAGGGGACUAAAAGGCAGCAUGGGUGAAACUGGCCAGGAAGGCCCCAUAGGGCCAAGAGGACGAGAUGGGCCUCCAGGCCUCCGUGGGGAGCCUGGUUCUCCGGGAUUUGGAGAGAAAGGUGACAAAGGUUCUGCUGGGGAACCAGGUGUGCAAGGUCCACCAGGUGUCCAAGGUUCUAUAGGUCCUAAAGGUCCUCCAGGAAUUCAAGGAUUUAGAGGUGAAGCAGGUAUCCCCGGUUCUAAAGGUGAAAAAGGAGCCAUGGGAAUAGCUGGAUCCAAAGGUGAUCCAGGAGAGAGAGGACCUCGUGGUCUUACAGGUGAACCAGGAUCCAGAGGACUGCCUGGGCCAGUAGGUGAACCAGGAUCUAAAGGAUCAGCAGGUCCACCUGGCCCAGAUGGGCAUCAAGGUCCCAGAGGGGAACAAGGACCUAUGGGUAUCCCAGGUCCACGAGGACCACCAGGGCCUGCUGGAGAUGCUGGACAGCCAGGUCUUACCGGAGCACAAGGCCCACCAGGUAUGACAGGAGCUGCAGGCCGACCUGGUCCUAAAGGUGAACCCGGAGUACCUGGCCAGGUCACUAGUUCAGAUGGUGGAGCAACUGUUGCACUUCCUGGCCCACCAGGUCCAUCAGGGGCUCCUGGACCUCCUGGCCCACCUGGUGUCCCAGGUCCUGUUGGCCCAGCUGGUCUUCCUGGAGCUCAAGGUCCUCGUGGUGAGAGAGGCAUUCAAGGAGAAACCACCUUUGUUGAAACUGCUAAUCCUGCAGUUGCUCCGCUAGAAGCGUUGCCAAAACUUAGAGGACCUCCAGGACCUCCAGGACCCCCAGGUCCACCAGGAUCCCCAGGUGCCUCUGUUGAGGGCCCACCAGGGCCCCGUGGCCCACCAGGAGAAGGCUUACCAGGUCCACCUGGGAGACCAGGUUCUUUUGUUCCCACAUCAGAAACUUUCUUUGCUGGCCCACCAGGACCCCCUGGUCCUCCAGGUCCAAAAGGAGAUCAAGGGUUGCCUGGCCCACGAGGAUUCAAAGGUGAACAAGGUCAGCCAGGUCUCCCAGGAGCCUCUGUUCAAGGUGAAUCCAAAUUAGCUUCCUUCCUUAUCAGGAUUUUAUAA